UAAAGUUUCUUAAGGGAGGCGCCGUCACAGCCAGAAUGGAUCCCAAGGAAGAAAAAAUGAAAAUAAUCACAGAGGAAGUCAUUGAAAAUGAUGAGGAUGCAGGUGCAGGAAGAAAGAAGACUUCAAAGGCUCACAGGCAAAGAAGGAAGAAACAGCCACGGACCGCAGGCCCUGAGGACAUGGUAUCCGGGAAAGCCCACCCCAGCAGCCCGCAGGAGCUGGCGCCAGACGACCCGGACCCAGACCCUGACCCCGACACCGGCCUCCUGGGCAUGGCCGCCCGCCGAGGCCCCCGCAGCUUGCCUCCAAUCCCGUCAGCUUCCAGGACAGGCUUUGCAGAAUUUUCCGUGAGAGAGCGCAUGCGGGAGAAAUUGCAGGCCGCGAGGUCCAAAGCAGAAAGUGCGUUGCUCCAGGAAAUCCCCACGCCUCGGCCCAGGCGCUUAAGGAGUCCCAGCGAGAAGCACCUAGAGACUGAAUUUGGCACGGAGCCAAGUAGAGGGGUACAAAGGACUCCACAAGAAGAUGACUCCCAAACUUACGCAAGAGUAAAGUUCCGUGAUUCUCUACGAAAAAUCAAGUCUAAACCCCCGGUCCCGCCCGGCUUCCCGUCUGCCGAAGAAGCCUAUAACUUCUUUACUUUCAACUUUGAUCCUGAACCAGAGGAAUCAGAGGAAAAACCAAAAGGAAAAAGCAGAGAUGGAGCUAACCAAGAGGAAGAGGAAGGAGAGGAAGAAGAGCCACCUGCGCAAGGAGUAAACAAAACGGAUGAGGAGGAGCUGCUUCAUGGCAAAGAUGCUGAGGAUUUCCUGUUGGGCUUAGAUCACACGGCUGAAGACCUCGUAGCUGUCAGGCCUGCUGAUUACGACAGCGCCCAUGUUCGGCUACAGAAGGAGAAGGAACUCCUGUUCACGCCCAGGAGCCUGCCAGUGCCCACGUACAAAAAGCUUCCCGAGAACGCGCAGCCCAGGUUCCUGGAGGACGAAGGCCUCUACGCCGGCACCAGGCCAGAGGUGCCACGCUCCGUGCAGAACACCGUGGAGGACAGGCUGCUCACGCAGGACCCCGACAGAAAGUGGUUCGGAGAUGACGGCAGAAUCCUAGCCCUGCCAAACCCCAUCAAGCCGUUCCCUUCAAGGCCCCCAACGCUGACCCAGGAACAAGGCGUUAAGGCAGAACUUGAAACGCUGUAUAAAAAGGCGGUCAGAUAUGUGCACAGAAGUCAACAUAUGAUUGGAUCUGGAGACCCUCCUGGAAAUUUCCAACUGGACAUUGAUAUUUCAGGGUUAAUCUUCACUCAUCAUCCCUGUUUUAGCCGGGAGCAUGUUUUGGCAGCCAGGCUGGCCCAGUUAUAUGACCAGUACCUUGCAAGACGCCAGAGGAACAAGGCGAAAUUUCUCACCGAUAAGCUCCAAGCUCUAAGAAAUGCUGUUCAGACAGGCCUUGAUCCAGCAACAACUCAAAAGUCUGUUGAUUUAACCCAAAAAGCCAUCAAUGGGUAUAAAUCUGAAAUUCGGCAAACAAGAAAACUCCGUGACGCUGAACAAGAAAAAGAUCGAACGUUGCUUAAGACCAUCAUAAAAGUUUGGAAAGAAAUGAAGUCCCUUCGAGAGUUCCAGCGGUUUACAAAUACACCUUUGAAACUUGUUUUGAGAAAGGAAAAAGUGGACCAGAAAGCAGACGAAGAAGCAUAUGAAGCUGAAAUUCAGGCUGAAGUAAGUGAAUUGUUGGAAGAACACUCACAAGAGUACGAGCAGAGGAUGGAGGAGUACAGGGCUGCGUAUCAGCAGUGGAAAGCCUGGAAGAAAGCCCAGAGAGCCAAGAAAAAGAAAAAGAAACAAGCAGUCGAAGAACACCCUGAGGAAGAGGUGGAGGAGCCAGAUCCUGGAGAGGAUCCUGUGAAACCCGUCCCCCCCGAGCCCGUCAGCAGGGCGGCGCUGGAGCAGCAGGUGCGGGAGAGAGCAGCCCGCAGCCGGAGGAGGCCUGGGGAGCCGACUCUGGUUCCAGAGCUGAGCCUGGCAGGGAGCGUGACACCCAACGACCAGUGUCCCAGGGUGGAGGUCUUACGAAGGGAAGAUGUCAAGAGGCGCUCCGUGUACCUAAAGGUGAUCUUCAACGGCAAGGAGGUGUCCAGGACCGAAGGUCGGCCACUCGGGGCAGACUUCCGAGUUCACUUUGGACAGAUUUUCAAUUUGCAAAUAGUCAACUGGCCGGAGAGUUUAACACUACAGGUGUAUGAGACUGCUGGGCACAGUGGGACCACCUUGUUAGCAGAAGUGUUCCUGCCCAUUCCUGAAAGUACCGUUGUCAGUGGAAGGGCUCCUGUUGAAGAAGUGGAGUUUAGCAGUGACCAGCACGUGACCCUGGACCACGAGGGAGUCGGAAGUGGUGUGCCCUUCUCAUUUGAAGCUGACGGUAGUAAUCAACUGAUUCUGAUGACCUCGGGGAAAGUGUCCAACAGCGUGGCGUGGGCCACUGGAGAAAAUGGGAUACCAUUAAUUCCUCCAUUGUCCCAGCAGAACGUUGGCUUUAGGAGUGCUUUGAGAAGAGCAGAUGCCAUCUCAUCUAUCGGCGCCUCAGGACUGACGGACGUGAAAAAGUUGGCCAAGUGGGCAGCAGAAUCCAGGCUCGAUCCAAACGACCCCAGCAACGCCCCUUUGAUGCAGCUGAUCUCGGUUGCUACCAGUGGUGAGUGCUAUGUCCCUGAUUACUUUCGACUGGAACAGCUGCAGCAGGAAUUUAAUUUCGUGUCAGAUGAAGAAUUAAAUAGAUCCAAACGAUUCAGGCUCCUGCAUCUCAGAAGCCAAGAGGUGCCAGAAUUCCGAAAUUAUAAGCAAAUUCCAGCAUAUGAUCGAGAAAUUAUGGAAAGGGUAUUCCAGGACUAUGAGAAACGGUUACGAGACAGAAAUGUAAUUGAGACCAAGGACCACAUAGAUAGCCAUAGGGCCGUGGUAGCCAAGUACCUCCAGCAGGUUAGAGAAUCAGUGUUAAAUCGUUUCCUGAUUGCAAAACACCAUUUCCUUCUGACGGAUCUGAUAGUCGAAGAAGAAGUUCCUAAUAUCAGCAUUUUGGGCCUAAGCCUUUUCAAGCUGGCAGAACAAAAGCGACCACUGAGGCCAAGGAGAAAAGGUCGGAAGAAGGUGACAGCCCAAAACCUGUCCGAUGGAGACGUAAAGCUGCUGGUGAACAUCAUCCGAGCUUACGACAUCCCGGUGAGGAAGCCGACAGCAAGCAAAUUCCAGCAGCCAUCAAGAUCUUCAAGGACUUUCAGCGAAAAGCAUGCUGCUUCCCCAACCACACAGAGCCCAGCCCACAGCGCCGACUACCCCCUCGGCCAGGUCUUAGUUCGCCCUUUUGUAGAAGUUUCUUUUCAACGAACAAUUUGCCAUACCACGACGGCUGAGGGACCAAACCCCAGCUGGAAUGAAGAACUCGAACUUCCGUUUAGGGCCCCAAACGGGGACUACAGCACGACCAGCUUGCAGUCAGUGAAAGAUGACGUGUUCAUUAACAUUUUCGAUGAAGUCCAGUAUGAUGUCUCGGAGGAUGACCGGGAAAGAGGACGCGGAAUCCACACGCGCAUUGAGAGGCACUGGUUGGGAUGUGUGAAGAUUCCAUUCAGCACGAUCUAUUUCCAAGCGAGGAUUGAUGGAACUUUUAAAAUAGAUAUUCCCCCGGUUCUCCUGGGCUACAGUAAGGAGCGAAGCGUGGUUAUCGAGCGGGGUUUUGACUCUGCCCGAAGCCUAAGCGAAGGUUCCUACAUCACCCUGUUCAUCACCAUCGAGCCUCAGCUGGUUCCUGGGGAGCCGGUUCGAGAAAAGUUUGAUUCCCAGGAAGAUGAGAAGUUGCUUCAAGCAACAGAGAAGUUUCAAGCUGAAUGUGCCUCGAAGUUCCCCAAUCGGCAGUGCACGACGACGGUGCUCGACCUGAGCGGGAAGACGGUUUUCAUUACUCGCUAUCUCAAGCCGUUAAACCCGCCUCAGGAGCUUCUCCAGGCUUCUCCCAACGACCCGCAGGCCACAGCGGAGCUGGUGGCUCGAUAUGUGUCACUGAUUCCAUUCUUGCCCGACUCUGUUUCGUUUGCUGGGAUCUGUGACUUAUGGAGCACAUCUGAUCAAUUUCUGGAUCUCCUGGCAGGAGAUGAAGAAGAGCACGCAGUCUUACUAUGCAAUUACUUCCUCUCCCUGGGUAAAAAGGCCUGGCUCAUCACGGGCAAUGCCAUUCCAGAGGGCCCAACUGCCUAUGUGCUAACUCAAGAGCAAAGUCACUACUUAAUAUGGAAUCCCUGCAGUGGACAUUUUUAUGGACAGUUUGAUACAUUCUGUCCCUUAAAAAGCGUGGGCUGUUUAAUAGGUCCCGAUAAUAUUUGGUUUAAUGUUCAACGAUAUGAUUCACCACUAAGGAUAAAUUUUGAUGUCACCAGACCCAAGCUAUGGAAAUCUUUCUUUUCAAGAAGGCUUCCGUACCCUGGCCUUUCCAGCGUCCAGCCAGAAGAGCUGAUUUACCAGGGCACAGACAAAGCAGCUGCAGCUGAGCUACAAGACAGGAUUGAAAAAAUACUAAAAGAAAAAAUCAUGGACUGGAGGCCACGGCACCUGACGCGGUGGAACAGGUACUGCACCUCCACGCUGCGCCACUUCCUGCCUCUGCUAGAAACCCGUCGCGGGGAGGAGGUAGACGACGACCACCGAGCGGAACUGCUGCGGCAGCUCGGGGACUACCGGUUCUCUGGAUUUCCCCUUCACAUGCCCUAUUCAGAACUGAAGCCUUUAAUUGAAGCUGUGUAUAGCACUGGAGUACAUAAUAUAGAUGUUCCUAAUGUAGAAUUUGCUUUGGCUGUAUAUAUCCACCCAUAUCCCAAGAAUGUUUUGUCUGUUUGGAUCUAUGUUGCCUCCCUUAUACGAAACAGGUAA